UGUCUUUUUGAAACCAAAACCCCCCUCUCGAAGCUUUCUCUGGUCUCUUCCUCUUGCCAAGUAUUUUCCCUCGAAUUUUCUCACUCGGAAUUGAAUUCCUUUGAUUUGGAGGCUCGUAGAUCCUUGAUUCAUGGACACCGGUCGGCAGGAACGAGAUCGAAUCAACUCCACUGGUGAGAGACCUGUUAAGCCAGAUAACUUGACACAGCAGCCACUUUCGCCCAAAGAUGAAAGGAUUGUUUCAGCAAAUCCUUCUCCGGAUGCAGUCAUCAUAGGAGCGUCAAGGAAUGUUAACGAACAACAAGAAUCUUCAGAAGCAGCUGGAGAUCUGAACAAUGUCCAUCCGCUCAAUGCUUAUGUUUCUCACGAACAAAAUAUAUCAUAUGGUGGUUAUAGCAAUAGCACUGGUCUCUGGGAUGGAUAUUCUCCCUAUGUUAAUGCUGAUGGCAUGCAUGUUGUAUCACCGGUCAUCUACAAUGAGAAUCCAUCUGUUGUGUUUCAUUCUGGUUAUGGCUACAAUCAUGAAAUGGCAUAUGGACAAUUUUCUCCAGUUGCUACACCACUGCCAUCUUUAAUGGUGGAUGGCCAGCUUUACUCUUCACAGCAAGUUCCAUUUUCCCCAUCUUAUUAUGCACAAGCCCCUGCUCCAAGUUUGCCUCAUAUGUCUUCAGCUAUUCCGAUUUCCCCAGCUGACCUGAUGGUGCCAGAGAGCAGCAGCAUUGACACAAUGCUUUUUGGGCCAGGAUCAGGUUACUUACCAAGUUUUGGGUCACUUGGUGGAGGGAAUAUCUCUGGAAAUCUUGGUUCUAGUCCUCUAACAUCUCCAGCAGCUUAUCCCCAACCAAUGGGCAUACUUGGAUCAUAUGAGCACAAUGUUGGACAGAUUUCUCAACAACAGAGACCAAUGCAUGGAUAUGGCUUGGUGUCGAGUUCCUUUAGUGGACGCUACCCACAUGGUAGUUCUUAUCAAAGCUCUACCUUUGGUGGUGCUUCAAUUUCUUAUCCAGUAGCUAAUGAUCGGAAUCGUCUCCCUCUUGACAAGGGAAGGAGAAGAGAGAGGGACAGCAACUCAAUUGGCAUUUUUAAUGAUUCACAAAAUAUCUUCAAUGACCGCAAUCGUGGUCCAAGGGCUUCAAAGCUGAAGAGCAAGAGUGCCACAGAACAGGGUUCUGCAUCUGUUAAUAGCAAAAAUGUUUCAUCUACUUCUUCUGGAAUUCAUCAUGAUUCAUACAACCGGCAGGAUUUUGUUACAGAUUACGAGAAUGCAAAUUUUUUUAUCAUCAAAUCUUUCAGCGAGGACAAUGUUCAUAAAAGUGUUAAAUACAAUGUUUGGGCCAGCACACCACAUGGGAACAAGAAACUAGAUGCUGCUUAUCAUGAAGCAAAGGAGAUUAAAGGCAAUUGUCCAGUAUUCCUAUUGUUUUCAGUUAAUGGUAGUGGCCAGUUCUGUGGUGUAGCUGAAAUGGUUGGACCUGUAGAUUUUGAGAAGGACGCAGAUUACUGGCAGCAAGAUAGAUGGAGCGGGCAGUUUCCAGUUCGGUGGCACAUCAUUAAAGAUGUUCCCAAUGUUCGAUUCCGUCACAUUCUACUUGAAAAUAAUGAUAAUAAGCCUGUUACUCACAGCCGAGAUUCUCAGGAGGUGAAACUGGAAGAGGGUAUUGAGAUGUUGAAGAUUUUCAUGGAUUACGAUGCACGUACAUCUAUCCUAGAUGAUUUUGAUUUUUAUGAUGAGCGGGAGAGAGCCUUGAAGGAAAGGAAGGCCAGACAGCAAGCUUGUUCAACGGCAGAUAUUCCUGAUUCUCUCACUGAUGAGUCUGUUAAUCAACUGUCUGAUAGUUUAGCUCAAGCCCUCAAGUUGGAAGUUAGUAGUAAUAAAGAAGUAGCAGCUGCUGAACACAGUGGUAGCUCAAGAGCGGAUGCUCCACUUUCACUUGCCCAUGAUGCCAUGAACCAAACGUCUGCUAGCUUGUCUCAAGUCUUACAGUUGGAAGAGAGUAACAAUGGGUUAUCAGGAUCCGAAACAGGUGGACACAAGAAUUGAGUCUGCCAACAGUUGGUUUGACUGCUUGUAGCAUUUAGUUGAAGGUGUUGCCAGCAUCUUUGGCAUACACUCCUUGUAC